AUGGCAUCAGGCGGCGGCGGCGGUGUCGUUGUGUGCAACAAGAGAUACCGACGAUCAGACGGCGACGAAGGCGAGACAAGCGGCCGCAACAAGAGAUGUGGCGUCGGCCCAAGCUCUGGGGCCAACGCCGACGGCGAGAGCGGCGCUUACAUGGACGACGGGGCCAAAACGGCUGAUGACGACGACGCCGCCGGCGAGGACUACAUGUACGGGUACUAUGACUUCUACGACGACGACGAGGAAGCCGAUGAGCAAUCAGAGGGCGACGCCGCCGCCUCGGCACGCGACACGGAGCAGAGGUACGUGGUCCUCACCGAGUCCGACCUCCGCGCGCGGCAGGAGGCGGACACGGCGAAGGUCGCGGAGGUCCUCUCCAUCCCGGCGGGCUUCGCGGCGGUCCUGCUGCGCCACUUCAAGUGGCGCGUGGGGCGGGUCCAGGAGGAGUGGUUCACGGACGAGCGGCGCGUCCGCGGCGCCGUCGGCCUGCCGGCACCGGAAGACGGCGGCGGCGGCGAGAUGAUCCUAGUCCCCUGUGCACGCAGCCCGCGGGCCUUGGUCUGCGGAAUCUGCUUCGAUCCGUACCCCGCCUGGCGGACGCGGUCGGCGGGGUGCGGACACUACUACUGCGACGGCUGCUGGGGCGGGUACGUCGCCGCGGCGGUGGCCGACGGCGCGCGGUGCAUGUCGCUGCGAUGCCCGGACCCGUCCUGCUCGGCGCCCGUCGUCCGGGAGCUCGUCGACGCGGUGCCGGCUGGCGCCAAGGACAGGGCCCGGUACGCGCGGUUCUGGCUCCGGUCGUACGUGGAGGAGAGCGGCGGGCGGAUCAAGUGGUGCGGCGGCGCCGGGUGCACCCGCUCCGUGGAGUUCCUGGGCGACGCCGCCGGCUACGCGGCGGCGACGGACGUGUUCUGCGACUCUGGGUGUAGGCACGGCUUCUGCUGGGGCUGCGGCGAGGAGGCGCACCGGCCGGUGUCGUGUGGCACGGUACGCGCGUGGCUGGCCAAGAACGCCUCCGACUCGGAGACGGCCAAAUGGGUGGUGGCGCACACCAAGCGCUGCCCCAAGUGCGCGCGGCCCAUCGAGAAGAACCACGGCUGCAACCACAUGACGUGCGGCGCGCCCUGCCGCCAUCAGUUCUGCUGGCUCUGCUUCGACCCCUGGGACAACCACCGAGGCUGCACGCGCUACGACUCCCGCCGCCAGCGGCAGGAGGUGGAGGCCGCCGCCGCCGCUGCCGCGGACGAGGAGAAGGAGGCGCGGCGGAGGCACGCCAAGGCGUCGCUCGACAGGUACCUCUACCACUACGAGCGGUGGGCGGGCAACGGCAAGUCGCUGCAGAAGGCGCUCGCGGACGCGGACGAGCUGGAGCGCUCGGAGCUCGAGAGGAUGGCUAGGAUGGUGGACGUUCCGGCGAUGGAGCUCGGGUUCGUGACGGAGGCGUACCGACAGAUCGCCGACGGCCGGCGUGUUCUGCGCUGCGCCGAGCUGGAGAGGAAGGAGCUCUUCGGUGGUGGUGCCGACGGUGGUGACGGCGAGUCCACCACCGUCGCCGUCGAGGCGUUCAGGGCAUACAAGGAGAAGGUCGCGAACCUCACCGGAGUGACGCGGAAAUUCAUGGGGAACCUUGUGAAAGCGUUCAAGACCAACCUGCCGGAAGUGGUGGUGACGCCGGCAUUCGAUUUCGAUCACAUAGUGAAUGGACCAACGAUGGGCAGCCAAACAGCUGGUGUUGGAGGCACUAUUUCUAGUGUAACUCGUAUACUCAACUGGUAUACCGAAGCACAUACUGCAAAUGGUAGUGUGCAAGAACACAGCCCUAUAAGAAACCCUGUUCAGCAUCCAGUUCGCCCUGGUGGUCAUGGCGGCCUCCUCAGCAAUCCGUCACAGUUUCCACCAAUGAACUCAUCUUUUCUCGGAGAAGCUACAACCUCGAUGGGACCGCCAAAUAUAGGGCCAAUAACACCAUUACAGGUCCACAUGUCAAACAUUGUAUCAAGUGGCACGACAUCGACACCCUCUGUCACCUUCUCUAUGUCUGGAUCUGGACAACCAAUUGGUACUGAACUGAUGAUGGUACAGAGCACAGCUCUUGGCUCCUUUGGCUCAAACACUUCUACUGCAUGGGACAAUUCAGACAUUGCUGAAUCAUCCUCUCAGCCUAACAGCAUGGGCAUGAAUCGACAAUCAGGAAUCAAUCCCCUCAGUUCGGCCAUGAAUGUGCCUUUUGGGCUGCAUCAGAAUGCCCAACAACCGCCACCAAAAUAUGUCAAAAUUUGGGAGGGAACCUUAUCCGGGCAAAGACAAGGACAGCCUGUAUUUAUUUGUAAACUCGAAAGUUGGAGUGGAACAGUGUCCAAAACAGUUGCAGCGGACUGGCCAGAAACUAUGCAGAUUGUUCGCCUCAUAGCGCAGGAGCAUAUGAACAACAAGUUUGUUUCUCAACUUAUUCUCAUUCUUUUCAAUUGUGCUGUGAUACAAUUACCAUCACAAACUCUACUACUUUCAAUGUCUGACAAAGCAGGCCGUAUGAUUGGCAUGCUCUUCCCUGAGAACAUGGUGAUGUUCAAACCAGAGGUCUUAACUCAGCCAUCACCGAUGCAACAGGAAAAGCUACAGCAACAACAAGAACUUCUACACCACCAACAACAACAGCUACAUCUUCAACAACAGCAGCAAAACUUACAGCAUCUUCGACAACAAAUCCUACAGCAGCAACAGAUGCAACAAAUGCAGCAUCAGCAGCAAUAUAUGCGGCAGCAGAAGCUACGCCAGGAACAACUUCAACACCAAGAACCGCUACUUUUAUUUACGCCCGGAAGAACAAUGGCAACUGUGUUGCAACAAAUACAACAACAACAACCUCGAUAUCAGCAACAACUACAGCAACAAAUGCAACAUCAACAACAACCGAGGCAACAAAUACAACAUCGGAAGAAUCAGCAACAACAUAUGCAGCAAAUGCAGCCCAAAGAACAACCAUUGCCUCAAAUGGUCGGCACAGAAUUAGGCAGUGACGAUGAUGCAAGGGAAGAUUGGGUCACAGGGGCUGGGCAGCAUGCCUAG